AUGAGAUUUUUUUAUAGAACUCGAGAAGAGAGCGCUCCUCCAGAGAACGAGUUGCAGAAGACCAUAGGCGACUUAUCCUCCAGAACAUCACAUAUCGGCGAUCACGGCAUGCGCUUCCGGAAAUCCACAGAGAAGUUGACUGUGCCCACGUGGUACCUAGAAAACACUCGCGGCUUUACCAAAUCGGGCGAUAUGUCGCAAGGAAUGGCGACGGGUAACUUGAGCAAUAAUCAAAACACAACUGGUGCAUCGACAGGAAUCGAUCUCCCGAAGGGAUUGUUUAGUCGUUACAAGGACGAAAUUGAGGAUUUAAGGCGAUCAAGAUCAUCCCUGCAUCAACUAAAGGAGCAACGUCAGGUAGUAGCGCUGUAA